AUGCUAUUACUACUUACUAUUAAUUCGAGGAAGGUACCACGUGUCGUUUGCUAUAGAACAAACGGGCUGAUUGUGGUCGAGCGCCGUUAUCACGAAGAUCAGAAGCCAGAAAUCGAAAAUGCUAUUCGAUCUAUCAUAAAUAACCAUCGACCCUUAUUUUGCUUUAUUUGUGUAGGGAAGCAAAACCUAGCCCUCAAGAAGCGCGUGCAACAAUUCUUAUCAUAUAGUGAUGUUUCGAAGCAUAUCAAGCGAAAGCAUCUACAGAACCUUUUAUUAAGCACCGUCAUUGUCUGUAAUGUUUGUGAUAAAGAUUUUGCAGAAGUUAUGCACUUUUAG